AUGGGUGAUCAUCAUCAUAAGAUUGAGUCGCCGCCUGAUUUGACCAGGGAACUCAAUAUGAGCCUUCAUAACACUAUAAGGAGCCCCAAGAAGUCGAGUUUCGAUGAGAUAUUGCCGAGCUUUACUGUAAACGAUGGCCAUCAUGAUUUGAAUCAAGAGGAAAUAGAAGAGUUUGAGAAGGCAAAUAUUGAGGAUAUGGGUAUUCCCGUUAAUGGGGUGUUGUCUCCCAAAAGUCAUAAAUUUUCUACCCAAGAUAUGGAUGGCAUUAUUCUUGAUCCCAUCGCGUUUCAUAGUACAGAUAAUAUGAAAGACGACUUGCAGAUUUCUAAUGACCAUUAUGAAGAUAAUUUAUUGUAUAUUUCAUCGCCAUCUUCUACUUCCAGUUUAUCGGGGGAUCUUACAGGAAAGAGGAUGAUUGAACUCGAUGAUCGCUUUUCUGAUAAGGGUUCCAUUGCCGAUUCCACCGCAUCAUCAUUAUUCAAUUUGACAUCACCGGCCAACAACUUCUUAGAAGAUUCAUUUAACGAUGAAGAAUCCUCCGCAAAAUUGGAAGGGUCAAAAUUCUCUGUGCUGAAUAGCUUUAUUGCUGCCAGUAACCACGGUAUUAAUGGUUAUGAAAAAUUGAACAAGGGAAGCAAAUCAGUUAAAGAUGAAGAUUUGCAUGACUUGAUAUUUCAGUAUAAUAAAUCCAUGAACAAGUCGAUUAUUUCAUUCGAUCACAACAAGAAUUAUGAGACUUUUGAAAUAGAGAUCGAUGAUUGGUUCAUCAGUAACGAAUUCAGUCAUUUGGGCCAUUAUCGAGACAUUUUCUUCAAGCAUCUUAAUAAUAAGGAUCUCAGUAAAUACCCUGAAUCGGAGCAAGAUAAAUACAUUGGUAAAUUGAUUGGGAAGCUAAAAGAAUAUUUCAAGUGUCAAGAAAGUUUUGAAGUUGAAUCAGUAUUGGAGUUACAAAAUUCAAUCUUGCUUUCAAAUACCAAUGAAAUCAUUCUCAGUAAAUUGGUUUACAUUUACAAGGAAAUUGGAAUCAUGCAGCAACUAACGUAUUUGUUAUUUGGAAAUUAUGGUUUUGCUAAUGAUAAAGAACAUCAAAUGGCUUCGAUGAGAACGUAUUUCUACAAGUUGAUAAAGAAUGGAUUUUUGGAAAUAUUGACAUCAAAUAUAAAGAAGUUUUCCAAAGUUUUAUAUUUAAUAGAUACGGAUAACAUUAAUGAUGGCAGAGAUGGUGCAAAAAAAAUUAUUGAAGCUUUGAAAGUUGUCAAUGAGUUUUGGUUUUUGAACUUGACCAAUUUUUAUUUCAUAUUGAACAUUUUUAUUUUCCAGUUUGUUGAUUAUGAAGAUAAGCUAAACAGAGACUUUGAAUUAGAUGAUGAAGCAGUAAAUGGAAAUCAUAUAUUAGCAAAAGAUUAUGGGAAAAUGUCAAAAGACGAACUUGAAGACUUUAGAAAUGAUUUCUUGAAAGUAUUAGAGGAAACCAAGAUUAUGGUGUAUUUGGUGAAAUAUAUUGAAAAAUGGAAAUACAAUAAUAAAUCAUUAAUGAAGAUUAGAAAUGUUAUUCUACUACUAAAUAAAUUAAUGAUGGUGGAGUUUGGUAACAUCAAGAAUUUCAUUAAGGUGAAAAAAUAUUUAGCCGAGAAAUUUUGCAUCAAGACUAAAAAGGAUCUUAAUGACAAAGACGACUUCCAGGAUUCUCAAGGCCGCGUGGAACCUCAAAAUGGGGCUAUGAGACCUCAUCAUAAUCAACCAAUUAAAAAGGAUGAUGAUGAUGAUGAUGGCGCUGCUGGCAAAAAUGCCACUAAUUUGACUUCUAAUAAUAAAAACACAAACCCCGGCUCUCAAGUAAAGUCUAAAAAAAAUCAAAAACUUCAUGCGUUCCCAUUGGAUUAUUAUGUGUAUUCCAAAGAUUUGACUUCAAGAUACCCAGCCUAUGAGCCACCAAAACCGACAUAUCCAAAAUAUUUGGACAACAACUCUUCUUUGUCUCAAUUCAUUGAAGUUCCAAGAACUUUGGACAACCAGUUCCUCAAUAACACUUUCCCGGUGCCAACGAUUCAUAUUGCCACCCCUGCAGCGUCACCAAAUUCUAGUCCGGCAUUGGUCCCUACCGCCAAUGGUAAGGGCAAGAGAUCAUUCCAAACUAAUCAAGCGUUUCCUUUCAUUUAUCCUAUCAAUAAUGAUAUUAAAGAUGGUAAUGUGCCAUAUAGUAUCAAGGAAGGUAGUGAAAUUUUCUCCAGUCAUGUUGUGGAAAGUUUUGCAAAGAAACAAUUGUGGAGUGAAAGAGUGGUAUUUAUGCAGCAAGAAAGAGGUUGGAAGAGUAGCAUCAAUCCCACCAGUCUCUCUUUGGACAAUGACUUGGAAUACCACGAAGACGAUGAAGACAACAAUGAGUCAUUAUACGAUAAUGGUGGUGAUGAGUAUGAUAUUAGUGAUUUAAAGUCUGAGAUUUCAAAAUUCCCAGGAUACGAACCACAGAUCAGAACCUUAGUGAAAAUCGAAAGUUAUUACAAAGAGGUAUUCCCAUCAUUAAGCUCCGUCGUCGAUGUGUUUGUACAGACGAUAAAAAGUAAUGAUUAUGCUUUUGAAUUCAAUAUUUUGAAAGAAAAAAGACAAGAAAAGUUGGAAAAUGAGAGCAGUGAAAAUGAGAACCCUCAAAGCAAUAACUCCCAAAACUCGAAGAAUUCCAGUAAAAAUAAAGAAAGAUCUUUAAAGUCACUUAAACAAAAACUUGAAAUCAUCAAAGCCAAAGAAGUCACAUUAAAGAAUAUCUCGUCGGUGAUAAGCCUUUUUAUGAAGUGGUUCAAGAUGUCGCAUAUCUUGAAGGCUGAAAAUUUGGGCACUGUGAUAUUUGAUUCUGGGUUUAUUGAUCUGUUGUUAAAUUAUAUCAGAAAUGAGAACUUUAGAGAAAAAUUGUUUAAUGAUGAGAUUUCCUUCGAGGAUGGGUUUUUUGAGAGAUGCUUGAAAUUAUCAGUUUCGCAUGAUGCCAAAAAGGACUCGCCAGACUCCAGUAAGGGCUAUUAUUUUUACGAUAAUUUACUCGAUAGUGAUCCAAAUUUGACUAAUGAAUACUAUAGAGCGGUUCAAUUACAACAGAUUGGUCGCCUUGAGGGCUCUGGCUCGCCUUCCGAUCCGGAUAUCAGCUUAGAUACUUUCUUGAGUGCGGCAACUGAUUCUGAAUUGAAGGAUGAGAAUGGGGAAUCAAAGCCCAAGGGAAAAAUUUAUGAUACUUCCGGUAAGAUUUUCAAUCUCAGGUUUUGCUUGAUUCUUAAUAACUUGUUCAAAAUUUUACAAAAAAUAAUCCUCAAUAAAACCAGAAGAUUGGUAACAUUUUCCGAAAAGCAACCGGUGGAUCUUUUCCGGAUUAUUAUUGGUCCCUUUUAUAAUUACUCUAUCUACAAGUCCAUCUUGAAAGUUCUCAAGGAAAUAAUUCCAUAUAAUGGGAAGAAGUGGAAGUCGGUGAAUAUGGAUCUUAUUUCAUUGAUCUAUAUUAACUUGAAUUUGAAAUUGAAAGAUCAUUGGCUAAGUGGUAGAGAUAUUGAUAGCGAAAUGGGGGACUCCGAGGGCCAAGAACUAGCUCUUCGUGCGUUAAUCCAGUUUUAUACUGCUAGGAAGUAUGAAGAAGGUAUUGAUAGAUUUGGUUACGAAAGAAGGAACAGUGAUUUUUUUGGAAGGGAAACUGAUUUGAUUGCUAGUAAUGAACUUAAUAACGAAAGAAACGAUUAA